AUGUCUCUAUGGCACCGUGAAGAGCAACAACAAGACGAACAUCCUAAAGACAUGGACCGUGUCCUUCCACUGAACUUGAAGUCACGGACUGCUUGGCGAGGCACACUCCAGUCUCCAAUGCAGCUGUUUACAUUUCUCCGGCAAGCAGAGCCUGAGACCCAAGAGAUUUCCAGAGCUGCAGAGGUCUUUGACACAACUCUGUUUAUUCUAAAGGACAGAGCCAGCCGGAGACAGAAAAGGGCACUUGUUGCAUCAGAGCUCCUUUCAUUGGAGGACUUGGCGCUGAUUGCAGACCUGUCAGGCUGUCCUCCACCCGUUCACCCAGCCUUCUGUCACAACGAUUGCCUCGCCAACAAGUACCGUUCCAUAUCUGGAGUCUGCAAUAAUAGGCAAAAGCCUUUCUGGGGCACAGCCAACAGUGCCUUGGCCAGAUGGCUUCCGGCAGAAUAUGAAGACGGAGAAAGACAACCAAAGGGCUGGAACCACGGUCAACUAUACAAUGGCUUCCAGCUUCCCCCGGUACAGGAAGUCAGCAAGAAAAUACUGCAGAGCUCCAGCCGGCCGAUGUUGCUAGAUGAUGUCUAUUGUCAGAUGCUAGUGGACUGGGGCCAGUACAUAGACCAUGACAUAUCCUUCACUCCUCAAAGCACAAGCAGAGCUGCUUUCUUGGGAGGACUGGACUGCCUGGAAACGUGUGAAAACAUAAAUCCCUGCUUCCCUAUUGAGACACUCCCUCGUGACAAACUGUCUGGGAACAGAAGCUGCGUGCCAUUCUUCCGUUCAUCGCCAGCCUGCUUCUCCGGUAACGCACAGGCUGCGACGGCGGACAUCAAACAAGUGCUACAGCGUCAACAAAUGAACUCAAUCACGUCUUUCCUGGAUGCAUCCACUGUAUAUGGCCACACCCCGUAUUUACAGAGUGCCCUUCGAGACCUCUCGAGCUCCGAUGGUCGGCUGGCUGUCAACAGCAGAUUCAGUGACUGGAGUGGCAGACCCUACCUGUCUUUUGUCCCCAACACCCCGUCUCCAUGCUUCCAAGAUCCAGGGGAUCCCCAGGGGGAAAGGGUGGAUUGUUUCCUGGCUGGGGACAGCAGGGUGAAUGAGGUUUUGCCCCUGGCGGUUCUACACACGCUGUGGAUGAGGGAACACAAUAGAAUCGCAGAGGCCUUGAAGAGCCUCAACCCACACUGGAGCGCAGAGAUCAUUUACCAAGAGGCCCGCAAGAUCAUUGGAGCGCUUCACCAGAUUAUAACCACCAGGGAUUAUGUUCCCAAAAUCAUUGGAAGAGAGGCUUUUGAUCUUUACAUUGGUCCCUAUGGGGGCUAUGAUCCGACUACAGAGCCCUCAGCCUCCAAUGUGUUCUCCACCGCUGCAUUCCGAUUCGGCCAUGCCACUAUUCCCUCUGUUCUCAAGCGACUCAACCAGAGCUUCCAGGAACAUGAACAGUUCCCCUCUUUGAGUCUGCAUAAGACUUUCUUCAGUCCCUGGAGACUCGUGAAAGAGGGUGGACUAGAGCCAGUCCUCCGAGGCCUGUUGGGGACGCCGGCGGCUGUAGUGACCCCAGACAACCUACUGACGGAGGAGCUCACAGAGAGACUGGUGGUGCUCACUGUCCCAGGGGGCUUGGACCUGGCCGCACUCAACCUGCAGAGGGGACGUGAUCAUGGACUUCCAGGUUACAAUGAUUGGAGGACGUUCUGUGGACUUGACAGAAUAGAGACUCAAGACGAUUUCAGAGAAGUUGUAAAGGAUGCAAGUGUUGUUGGAAAGAUAAUGGACCUGUACAGACAUCCUGACAACAUUGAUGUGUGGUUAGGAGGGCUGGUGGAGGAGCCUCUGUCUGGCGCCAGGACUGGUCCACUCUUUUCAUGCCUCAUUGGAAAACAGAUGAAGAUGAUUCGAGACGGGGACAGGUUCUGGUGGGAGAGUGAGGGUGUGUUUACACAGGGUCAGAGGGCGGAACUUCUAAGGCACUCUCUAUCUCGCGUCAUCUGUGACAACAGUGAAGUGAAAGAGACUCCUCUUGACCCCUUCAGGUUUGGGAAAUACCCAGAUGGUUUUCUCUUGUGUGACAAUAUACCAUCAAUGAACUUGGAGGCCUGGAGAGAGGAGGCUAGCCCAGGCCUGAACAGCAGCAAUAGGUCAGAGGUGAACGCCUGA